AUGAAAUGGCUACUGCGAACCUACCGCGUGCCGGCCACCGCCAGCCCCAGUCAGCCUACCACGUCGAAGUCCCCUCUUGACUCGAUUUCUCCCGUGGGCCCCAAUGUCAAUGCUAUCUCCGUCGAUUUGGACGAGCAGGCCCCGUUCGCUGCCAUUCGAGAUCUCUUCGAUUACCUGCAUGCCCACCGGACGAGGCCGCCCAGCUGA